UCUGAGUGACAGGAUCUUCUCGGGCUGGAGGACGUAUUGUGUCGAGGGAUUCAUAGCAAGUCUGCAGAAAUGGGACAUCUGUAGCUAUGUUAGAUAACAUAUCAAUCUGUCCUUUAUUUACGAUUAUUAAGAAGUUUCUUAGCCUUGCGCGAUGGAGCCUGACGCGGGACGAGACGAUGGGAUCCUCCGUGCGCUCUGGAGACCAAGGAUGUGUGUGUGAGAGUGGACGGACUGGGGUCAGUCAUGGAGCCGGAGCUGAACUGCAGCUCCCAGUGUGAAUCCCCACUCUGCUUCAUCCACGCAGGAGUCAACAGGCAGGAGGGUCACCACAUUCUGCAGAGACUAUGCAGUCUCAGUACGAAGGCAGUGGAGCUCCCACGGCGGUCUCUGUCCCCGGUGUUGAGUGCUGUGGUGUGGACGCUGCUCUCCUGUGGCAUCCUGCUGGCCUUCUGCUUCCUGGUCUUCACCCUGCGCUUCAAAAACAACAGGAUAGUGAAGAUGUCCAGUCCCAACCUGAAUGUCUUGACUCUCUUUGGAAGCGUGCUGACCUACAGCAGCGGCUUCUUGUUUGCCGUCGGGGAGCGAUCACACUCAGGAGGCGGAGCCUCCACCGCCGUGCUCCAGGCCCGGAUGUGGACUCUCUGUGUCGGAAGUACCCUGGUGUUUGGCCCAAUUUUGGGGAAGACGUGGAGACUGUACAGAGUGUUCACCCAGCGAGUUCCUGACAAGAGAGUGAUCAUCCGAGACAUCCAGCUGAUGGGCAUGGUGGCUCUCUUGAUGGUCGUGGACAUGCUGGUUCUGACCACCUGGAACCUCACGGACCCGAUCAGGUGUUCACGAUCCGUCGGAGCCGUCGUCAAGGUGGUGGAGAGAGACAUGUCCUAUUCUUUGUCUCAGCUGGACACCUGCUCCUCUGUAUACUCCGAUCUAUGGGUUGUCAUUAUUGCUGUUCAAAAGGGUUGUCUUCUCCUCUAUGGGACUUAUCUAGCUGGGUUGACCAGCAACGUCAGCCACCCUCCCGUUAACCAGUCUCCCACCAUCAUGACGGCCGUCACUUUGGUCACCCUCUUUUCGGCCGUGGCCGUCCCCGUGUCCAUCUUCCUGCAGGCCUGGCCCAACCUGGUUUAUGCCACUGUGGCUGGAGCCAUUUUCAUCUGUACACUGGCCACCAACUGCAUGCUGUUUGUGCCUCAGCUGACCCAGUGGCGGCAGUUUGAAGAGGACCAGAACAACCCGAGUCAGAUGGCUAAGUAUUUCAGCAGCCCCAGUAAGAGCCAGCCCUCGGUGUACAGCCAGGAUGAGAUGUACUACCUGCUGGGGGAGAACAACUCCAUGAAGAAAAUCCUUAAUGAGAAGAACGCUGUGAUUGACGGUCUGCAGGAGCAGGUGAACAACGCCAAGGAUAAACUCCUGCGACUCAUGUCGGCCAGCCGGCGCCCUGAGGACCAGGACCUGGACUCUUCCGACGCCAACCUCAACUCCACCUCCACUCAGACCACAGAGCUUCAGUCUGACGGCCCCUCUUCUUCUUCAUCUUCUCUACCUCAGAGGGACACGCAUCACUACUCUCGCCUCACUGCUGUUACGCCGUCCUCGGCUCCGAGCUCCUCCGCCCCCGUUCACCCUGAUGAUAUCCACGAUCGGGAAACCCAGAGAGGUGUCGGACACACAGCCGGGCAGGGAACAGACGGGGAUCUCAAACAUCUGUUUCCCCUCAAGUCCUCUGGUUCUCUCCGGACAGCAGAAGAGACGGUUCACUUUGUCACUUCCCUACAAUCCCACAGAGGGUUAAACCCCUCUCAGUUGGAAUCAAACAAUCAGCGGGGCCUCACAUCCCAGCUGGGAGCAAACGCCAGACCGACUGGUUUUGUGAGCAGCGAGCAGUUGCAGGAGAUCCUCCAGGAGCUGAGUGUGGAUGCAGUCAUGGAACUCGCCCUGCGGUCACCGGGCCAGGCGUCCAGAACGCUCUCUCAGCUCAAGCGCACCGAAGCUCUUUCCCCUCCCUCCCUCCGCACGCCGCGCUCCCCUCACCCGCCCGUUCUCUUCCGCUACCCCAGCAUCUCCCCCUACGCGAUGAGGAAACGUCGGCCGCCUUUCCACUCGUCCAGAAAAGGUUCGGCCGCUAUCUGUUUCCAUGCAGAGUCAGAGGCUGCAGGCUGUGAGAAGAUGAGGGAUGACCGUGAGCCCCGGCAUCCAGGGGAGCGUCCUGACGGGGUCGUUGUGGGCGGUGCCCUCCUCCAGGUUCACAACCCUGACCUCGAGCUGAAGGAGGCGGAGGAGGAGGAGGAGGAAGGGAAUGAAGCGAUAGGGAAAGGUCAGAGACGUAUUUCAAGGUCCCACAGACGCCCCGGCGUCUUGCCCUGUGCCGACCACACAGCUCCACCCGAUGCGGAAGCGGGCGGAGAUGACGAGCAGCGCCGCAGACGCAUCCGAGGCUCCUGCGGCUACUGGGACUCUGACUCCAGCAGCUCGACGGACUGCGGUUACUACCACCGGCCCUACUGCGACUCCUGCCUGCAGCGAGGCUCCCUGCUGUCGUCAGACAGCUCCUCGGACUCCUCUGACAGCGAGUACGGAGGCUACGCCGGCCUGUACCGCUCCCCGCACCCCGUGGUAUUCAAAGAAGACAUCAAACCCACCUUUGUGUGAGCACAGGGUUUUACCGCACUUUACAUCUUCAUCCAUUUCCCACCACUUGAAUUCACGUCCAACGAAACAUUGUAUGAAAAUAGCAUUUAGGAUUUAAGCUGCUCUGCAUCUGUAACUAGAAUGGGCACUCGGUAGAGUGCAUACCUUCGCAUAUCACAAGAUUGGGCAUUGAAUUAUGAACAUUUUGGCAUUAGUUGCAUGCCAAUUGGAUACAAAUUGACCGCGCUAUGGUAAAAAGAAGAUGUUGACCUUUUCAUGACCUUGACAUUGACCUUUAACCCGAUCGAUCCUAAAAUCUAAUCAAAUGGUCUCCGGAUAAUAACCAAUCAUCCCACCAAAUUUCAUGCGAUUCGGUUUCAUACUUUUUUAGUUAUGCGAGUAACACGCAUACAAAUAAAUAAAUAAACUAGAAUGGGCACUCGGUAGAGCGCAUACCUUCGCAUAUCACAAGAUGGGGCAUUGAAUUAUGAACAUUUUGGCAUUAGUUGCAUGCCAAUUGGACACAAAUAUAUCGUGCUAUGGUAAAAAAAAGAUGUUGACCUUUCCAUGACCUUGACCUUGACCUUUGACUCGAUUGAUCCCAAAAUCUAAUCAAAUGGUCCCCGGAUAAUAACCAAUCAUCCCACCAAAUUUCAUGCGAUUCAAGAAGAUUUUGACCUGUUCAUGACCUUUGACCUUGACCUUUGACCCGAUCGAUCCCAAAAUCUAAUCAACUGGUCCCCGGAUAAUAACCAAUCAUCCCACCAAAUUUCAUGCAAUUAGGUUCAAUCCUUUUUGAGUUCUGCGAAUAACAUGCAUACAAAUAAAUAAAUAAAUAAAUACACGGCGAUCAAAACAUUACCUUCCGGAUUUUCAAUGCGAAGGUAACGAGGGAUCGUCUCUGCAGCUUCUCGUGUCUUUGGCCUUCUGUAUGAAGAGAGCUUUUUUCUUUUUUCUUCCUUGAAUCUUGCAGAGUGGUUCUUUUAUUAGAUUUAUGAAAACUUUUGUCGCUCACAAGCACACAAUGCUGUUUCUUAAUAUAUAUCACUUAUGGCAUUAUGUGUAUAUUUCUGCUGUCAUCCCUUACGUUAAAAAAAAAGGAACUCUGACAUUUAGGAAGAAUAAAUAAAAACAUAGGACAGCUGAAAUGUGCACUUUACCACUAUUGUGCUGUAUUUAUUGUUAUAUUUAUAAUAAUAUAACGUGUUGGUGUAUUUUCUAAACCGCUUUUAUUGUUUUAUAUUAUCUAUAAAUUCCGUAAAGUGAU